UUCUUGGGAACUGCAUUUAUUCCGGUCAAAAAUGAUAUCAGUGGUAAUGUUCGCAAAGUAAAAACGAAAUACGAAAGCGCCAGGGAGAAGUGCAAAUAUGUUGAGGAUCUGGUUGACUACGAUCUCGCACACAACGGCGGAAAAAUGGCUAAUGCUACCGAGGGAUUGUUGUGGUUGAAAAGGGGACUUGAAUUUAUGCUGGAGCUGUUGUCGGAGAUGGUACGUGUUUAUCGGUCUUCAAUGGAUAAGAGUAAAACUGAUAGUUUGACUGGAAUUAUCAAUGACGCUUACAACAGUACUUUGAAAAGGCAUCAUGGAUUUGUUUCCAAACAGUUAUUUAAAGUAGUUAUUUUAGCAGCACCAACGCGUAGUACUAUUUUGAAAGCAUUGGCUGAAGGCCGAGAAGAUGCUGAUGAUAUUUGUAUUAAUCAUAUUGCUCUUCAUUUGGACAACUUUAGGACUAAUGUAGCUCAUAUUGUCAAUUAUUAUGUGAAGAAAAAUCUGGACACUCCCAAUCCUUAUGCAAAAUAUUUCUUGCUUUAUUCCGCUGGAUUGGUUUGA